AUGAACCGUUUCGCUCAUUAUCUUCCGACAUUGCCAUUUUCUUUCGAAUAUGAUCUUCCGCAUUAUCUUCAACGGAUUCAUCUUCGUGCCAAAUCGGCAUUUAUUUCCUUACAAACCAUGCCACGGUAUCCAUUGAAAUGUCAUGAAGUUCCACCAUUAUUUGUUGAACCAUACAUUCUCAAUGGAUUUCGAUCAAUUCAUCGUCCGUGGUCGUACUAUUUCAAAUCUUUAUUUCAUAAACAUAAUGAAACAAUCAAUGUUUGGAGUCAUUUUAUAGGAAUUUUCUAUAUGACACAUCUAUUGUUUUAUUAUAGUAAACGAUUAGAUUUCUUUGAAAAUGCACAUUCAUGGCCGUUUGCUGUUUCUUUAUGCACAGCGAUAUUAAUGUUUGCUUGCUCAGCAUUUGCACAUUUAUUGCACUCGAAAUCGGAAACAAUUCAUAUGACUUGUUUUCUCAUCGAUUUCAUUGGUGUUAGUUUACAUGGCUUCGGUUCCGGUUUUCUUCAUAUUUACUAUUCAGCACCGGAAUGGUUCUAUGAAAAUAUUGAAUACCAAUAUAUCGUUAUUCUUCUUAGUCUUGGAAUUUUAGCUUGUUUUCUUAAUUGUUUUGCACAAUACUACUUCCAUCGACCAUAUCCACCAUUAAAACGUGUUUGUCAAUUCUUUCCAUGUGGACUUCUAUGGAUUUAUUCCAUUUCUCCUCUAUGUAUUCGUUUAUAUUCAUCAACUAUUUCAUCAAAUCCUGCGUUGAUGUGUCAUUUAGGACAAAUUAUUCUCUUUGUUAUUGGUGCGAUUCUUUUCGGAUUUGAUUUACCACAACGUUUAUGUCCCGGUACACUUGAUUUUAUUGGACAAGGUCAUCAUUUAUUCCAUUUCUGCAUUUAUCUCGUCACCAUUUGUCAAAUGCAUGCUGUCUUUUGGGAUUAUGAAGAAUAUCGUGAGAUAAUCAAUCAACGUGCGAAACCCGAUCUAAUCUUUUGUGCUGGUUCGAUGUUAUUUUUAAUCUUAUGUGAUUGUUUGAUUGUUCAAUUUUUUCGGCGUAAAAUUCGAGAACAUUAUCAUUUUGAUUGA